GCUCCAUUUAUCUGUCUGUCUGACUGACUGUCUCUCUCUUUCUCCACCGAUCACUGAUGAACAGAGAACACCGGGAGGAAUCAAAUCAAUCACCCGCCGGACAAACUGAGAAGUCACGAUGCCUGUCCUGGAGAGAGACACCCACAGAGAUAUUUUGCCUAAAGUGCCAGUCCCAGAUCUGCAGCACACACUGGACACGUACCUGAGAUCAGUGAAACACCUCGUCUCUGAAACACAGUUCAGAAAAACUAAAGCCAUCGUGGAGACAUUCGGAAAACAUGGAGGUCUCGGAGAAAAACUUCAAAAACAGCUGCUAGAGAGACGAGACAAGACAGAGAAUUGGGUGUACGAUUACUGGCUGGAAGACAUGUAUCUGAAGAACAGACUGGCACUUCCUGUGAACUCCAGUCCUGCGCUGGUUUUCCCCAAACAAUCCUUCAAAGAACGGAAAGAUGCUCUCAUGUUUGCUGCUCGUCUCAUUCUGAGUGUUUGUGAGUACAAGACUCUAGUGGACGGGAAGACUCUUCCAGUGGAUGUGGCUCGUGGUCAGUCAUGUGACUCUUGUCUGUGUAUGAAUCAGUAUGAGCAUCUCUUCAGUUCAUACAGACGAGCCGGACUCGAGCGGGACACACUCAUCACCACAGAUGCUGCACAUGUGAUUGUGGCCUGUAAGAAUCAGUUCUUUGUGCUGAAUCUGAUGGAAGGAUCCAGUAAACUGAAUGAAGCGGAUGUGCAGUCGCAGCUGCAGUGGAUUUGUGAGCAGACGCUGAACUCUGAGCAGACGCAGCCAGCAGUGGGACUGAUGACCUCUGACAUCCGGACAGACUGGGCUCGAACCCGAGACCAGCUGAUGAAAGACCCCGUGAACAGAGCAUCUCUGGAUCUGAUGGAGCGCUGCAUGUGUGUCGUCUGUCUGGAUGAUCCGACUGGACUCGAGCCGAGCGACACCAACAGAGCUGCACUGAUGCUGCACGGAGGGGGACCUGAUAAAAAUGGGGCAAACCGCUGGUACGACAAACCUCUACAGUUUGUGGUCGAUUUAGAUGGCGUAUGUGGAGUCGUGUGUGAACACUCCCCAUUUGAAGGCAUCGUUCUGGUGCAGUGUGCCGAAUAUAUCCUAAAAAACAUUCGGAGCAGCUCCUGUAAGCCGAUCUCAAGCCGCAGCAACUCUGGACUUCCUCAUCCGCGCAGAUUACUGUGGAAAUGUUCAUCUCAGAUUCACGGCUCACUGGCUUCAGCUGCAGAACACCUGAACAGACUCGUGAAGAAUCUGGACAUGAAUGUUUUCACCUUUGAAGUUUAUGGGAAGGAGUUCAUCAAACAGCAGAAAAUGAGUCCUGAUGCGUUUAUUCAGGUGUCUCUACAGCUGGCCUUCUACAGAUGUCACAGAAGGACUGUCUCCACCUAUGAGAGCGCUUCUCUCCGGCGUUUCCGUGAGGGUCGUGUGGAAAACAUUCGCUCGGCGACUCCUGAGGCUUUAGCGUUUGUGAAGCUCAUGAUGGAUGACGCGACAUCCGUUCAGGACGUAGAGAGGAUGGAGAAACUGCGAGCGGCUGUAAACGCUCAGACUCAAAUCACAGUUCAGGCCAUCACAGGAAUGGGGACAGACAAUCACUUACUAGGACUACGAGAAGUGGCCAAGGAGAUGAAAAUGGAGAUGCCAGAGAUUUUUACCGAUGAAGCAUAUCGAAUCAGCAACAACUUCAUCCUGUCCACCAGUCAGGUUCCCACCGCGGUGGAGAUGUUUUGUUGUUAUGGUCCAGUGACUCCUGAUGGUUAUGGAGUGUGUUAUAACCCGCAGGCCGAUCACAUCGUGUUCAGUGUGUCGAGCUUUAGAGAGAGUAAAGACACGAGUUCAGGUGCGUUUGUGACGGCCGUCGCUCAGGCGCUUCAGGACAUGAGGAACCUGUGCGCUAAAUACACUGAUGCAGAUAAGAGCCGUGAUCACAGAAACACUAAAACACACUAAAAUAACAUCUACUAUAACUACAUGCUAAACUUCAAACUAAUCAUCAGUAGCUUCUAGUUUUAGAAGCUCUCAAAGAUCCAUUGAAAAUCAUACUAUAACAAGAAAAUCAAAGUGAUACUGAAUCUCAUUUAGAUUAGAGCAUAAAACACGUUAGCAUGCUAAAUGAUGUGUAAUCGCGUGUAACCGUAACGCUGCUAACACUGAAUAUUCAUCGCCAAAAAUUACAGCUCACUAGACAUUUAAAUACAGCUCAGAUUUUAGAGAUAUUUUUUUUUAUUUAAUUCUUCAUGUUCAAAGUUGAAUACAGAUUUACUGAAAUAAUAUGUCUUAAACCAAAAUCAAAUGUUUGAUAUGACUGAACCAAACGCUCAUGACUAUAAAUGAAAAUAUCCCAUCUGAGAA